AGAUUGCCUGCAAAAUGGAAUGGAACACAAUCCGAAAGGUUUGGUAUAUGAUGGCUAUUUUCUACAUGUCUUGGCUUGAAGUUACUUCGCAGGGACAAGGUUCCGUUUCUGUAACCUCCCUUGGUUGCUACAAAGACAGAGUCACGAAACCAAGUCAAAGCAUAUUUUCCACCGUGUUUUACCAAGUCAAUAUCGUGAGAUGGUGGCCAAACAGUAACCAUAUUAUACACGCGUGUGCUGCGGCAGCUGUUGCUAGGGGAUACCGAAUCUUCUCAAUCCAGGACUUCGGGGACUGUCGCUGGGGUCCGAACGCUGAACAAGACUAUGCCAAAUAUGGUCAUGGUUACUAUUGUUAUCAAGGACUUGGGUGGAUCGGUUCUGGUAGCGUCUACAGAGUUCAAAAUUUAGCUCCAGUUAACGGACAGUGGACAAAUUGGUCUCGGUGGAGUUCAUGUAGUGCAACUUGCAAUGGUGGAACUCGAUCACGCAGGCGCAGCUGUGCCAAUCCUCUUCCAUCCAAUGGUGGUACAUAUUGUCGCGGAAUAAGCUCGGAAACACAGCUUUGUAACAGAAAUCGCUGCCAAAUAGCAGGAGUCUGGUCAUCUUGGUCUCCAUGGGGAUCUUGUAGCAGGUCAUGUGGUGGAGGGACACGAUCGCGCGUGCGUAGUUGCACCAAUCAUUUACAAUUCAGCGCCAGUGCCGUUUGCCAGGGUCCACGGUCUCGAACCCAGAGAUGUAAUACCAAUAGUUGUCCAAGUAAGGAUGAUAGAAUAUAAUGAAACUGCCUUUAUGUUCCGUUAUGAAAUGUUUUAACACUUG